AUGGCACUUUUACAGCUGAGGCAAAACAAUAGUUUGCCAUGGUUUCCAAAUUCUUCCACAUUUUCUGCAAAUGUGGGUUUUCUGGGAUGUACAAUUUCCAAUUUACCUGGUUCAAAAACAGGCCAACUAAAUAGAGUUGAUGGGUUCUUCCAACAUCUUCCUCGUCGCUGGGAGAGCUCAUCUCCUAUCAUAAACCUAUAUCUGAAAGAUUCUCAAUGUGGGUUAUCCCAUGGUCUUGGUAUGAGUGCGAACCCUUCUGGUGCUUCUUUCACUUCUCAGAAAAAGUUCCUCAUUUUCGAUCAGUCUGAUAAUAACACUAGAUUGUUCUUUAACCCAUCAUUCUCUCCUUCCCAAAAUCAAGUUAUUGCCUCCAAUACCGCUGCUGGAGGUCAUGGCACAUGUGAUGAAGUGGCUGUUCAAAUGGAGCAAGAACCGCAGUCCUUGGUGAAGCCAAUUAUUCUGGAGAAAUGGGAUGAAAAUCAUUCAACCGGAGGAAGUGAGGUGCAUGAAGACACUGAGGAAAUCAAUGCUUUACUCUACUCAAAUAGCAAUUAUGAGUAUGAUGAUGAUGAUGGUGAGAAUGAUGAAGUAACUAGCACGGGGCAUACUCCAUUCACUAUUGAAGAGGGAUAUGACAAGGACAUACAAAUUGGGGAACUAGUUGAGGGAGUUGCCAGUUCUAAUGGCUCAACUAAAAGGCAAAAAUUGCUUGAUGGUGGGUACAAGAAAUCAUCAUUGGUGGAUACAGGAGGUCCGGUGAAAAUGGAUGGUCCUCAAAAUUACGAGGAUGGUGUGGAAUCAAGCUGUGCCGGUGAGAACAAUUCCUAUGAUGAUAUUGAUUCCAUUAAAAGAGUAAAGAAGGUUAAGAUUCGCGAGUUGUUGAAAAUCCUUGAAAGUAUCAUUCCUGGGUUAAAGAAUGAGGAUCCACUGUUGAUAAUUGAUAAAGCUAUAAUUUACUUGAACUCCUUGAAGCUGGAGGCUGAGACUUUGGGAAUUAGCUAUCUUUGA